UAUAUAAAAGAAGACAUAUGUUGUCUACAGUUUGCCGAAAAUGUUUUUUAAUCUACAGAGCGUUGUAAUGGCAAUGCUUGCCGCAGUUUUAGUAUCAAACGUAUCGCAAGCAAGGAAGAUUCCGCUGGACAUUCAAGAGAAAUGGAAGAAAGUGGUGGAACCUUAUCAUCAAACGUGCAUAAAUGAAACUCACAUUGAUCCGGACGCUGUCAUUUCAAUGCUAACCGAUUCUCGCCUGCCCAGUGAACGUUCAAUUCAUUGCUAUUGGAAAUGCAUUUUAGAGCAUCUCAAGUUUCUAGUCGAUGGUGAAUUUAAUAUAGAUUUAAUGAAUAAUCAGGUGUAUUUGAUCACGCCUGAAGUUUCAAAACCAUGCAUUCAAAUAGCUUUUGGAGAAAAAGAAGUAUGCAAGAGAAUCUAUACAUUUGUUCAGUGUGGAAUGAAUGCGGCUAUAAAUAGUAUAUAACAUGUAGUACAUAUUCUCCAUAUCAUUUCUGUGGUUUAUAUUGUUCUUUGUUAAUCGUGAGAGUUAAGUUAAUGGAUAAUUAAAGCAAUCAUUUUCGUAACAAUGUUACAGAAGUUUCCCUCAAGGCGACAGGACCGAAAGACCAACGCGGUUUCCA